AUGAACUUCGGUCCUGAGUGGAUGCGUCGCUUCCCCGCAAAGACCACAUCCGCCUCAGCUCACUCCUCCCAGCACGAUCUCCUCCCAAGAGCCCCAUCGCCCCUUCAGGACUGGGGCCAACUCGCUGCUCAGUCCGCCGGCGCCGCCAUGGCCCCUGGCGCGGUGGGCGGUGGCAACCCCACCGGCCCUGCAUUCAGCUACUCGUCCGUCGCCGCCACUAACGCACGAUCGCUCAACGGCCCUUCGUCCACCUCCCUCUCCUCUGGCAGCUAUGAGACGCCACUUUCCGAGAGCAUCGCCUCCGACACGUUGAACCCGUUCAAGUACUCCAAAGACCUCAUGUUGUCGCUAUUCAAGCCAGUCGGGUUUCCUAUCGAGUUUGAGCGACACGAAUACGCGACCAGUGAGGACGCAUUGAUGCCCAUGUCCUCUCAGCCGUUCAGCGAUCAGGAGAUCAAGGUUAGAUUCAUCCUCUCCGGCAGUGUCAACAGCGAAGUCGCCCGUCGCGCCGUCCAACCCGGGGAAGGAGGGCAGGAACGCUCACAGGGACAGCGACGUGAGAGCCUUUCGAACAACGAGCACUCGAAGGAUCGCGACCACGCCGGUCGCCACGACCGAUCCGACCGAUCCACCCAGUCUCGCAACCACGAUUCCAAGCACCAACAGGGAUCGAGUGCCAGGCCAAGACAUUUGAACACGGAGGAUCGAAGCCAUUCAUUCAAGCGAACCGAGCAGGGUAGUCGCGACCAGGAAGACGGUCUUUGGAACUCGCCCGUCAGGAACACUCUGGGCUCCUUCGACUCUAACGGCGUGUUCAGGGUGGUUCAUGAACGCGACGAGAGCUUGGAACCGGUCACCGACUCCAAAGGCACGUCUCUCGAACCGGAGGAACCCAAUCAGCCUUCGUCAACUUCUCAUCAGGCACCCACCUCUUCCGAUCCAGGCUCUUCCCCUUCCGAUGUAGGUUUGGAAUCCAGCCAUUCCGGAUCGCACAGUCUGUUGAAUGGCGCCAGCAACAGUGACGCCUUCUCGUUCGCAGGCAACCCCAUUUCUGGAUCUCUGGAUAUGAAGCCCGUCCGCGAGGAAUCAAACUUUGCUCCCUUUAGUUCUUCCCACGCCCCUGGAUUCAAUUCUGGCCCUGCGUAUGAUCCUGCGCCUGCGGAAUUGAGCAAGUGGCUUUACCGCGAUCCUUCUGGCAAUGUUCAAGGACCCUUUGCCUCGGAGGAGAUGCACGAGUGGUACAAGGGCGGCUUUUUCACCAUGGACCUGCUGGUGAAGCGGGAGCAGGAUGCCAACUUUGAACCCCUGGGAGCCUUGAUCCGCAAGAUCGGGUCAGAUGAGAAGCCCUUCUUACUCGCCGAUCUGCAGGCUGCCGUUCCUCUGGUGCGCCCCAACCUCUCGCUCGCUCAGAACAGACAGGGAAGUGGUCUUGGCCACUUCAACUCCUCUUCAUGGGGAGGAAUCAGUGCCCCCUCGACUCCCGGAACUCCCAGCUUUGGGGUCGACCGUAUGUUCCAGCAGCAGCAGCAGCAGCAGCACUCCUCUGGCGAUUUGUUGGGAGGCAGUGGCAACCCUCUUCAGCACCAGCAGCAGCAGCAGCAGCCAACCCAGGACUCGUUCUCAGGACUGGAUCAGAAAUGGAACUCUGGACUGUUUGGUCCUUCGCAAGGUCUGGAUUCGAACGUCGGCGGCGCUGGCGGUUGGGCAGGUGAUGCGUUUACUCGAUCAUCGAUGGGCAAUCUGGGUGGGCCUCAGACCCCUCUUGGCGGCAGCUUUAUGAGCCAGCAGGGUCGCCUUUUGAACCAGCAGUUGGAACGUCAGCAGUACAUGCAGCUGCUGCAGCGUCAAAUCCAGAUGCAGCAUAUUCUCCACCAGCAGCAAUUCAUGGCUGCCCAGCAGCAAUUUGGAAACGACCCUCAUGCCCUCUCGUCCUUGUUGGCUCAGCAGCAGGCCCAGCAGCGUCAGCUCCAGAUGCGUCUGCAGCAGGUGCAGCACAUGGGCUUCCAUGGCGUUGGAGGAGUUACUACACCCGGUGGUUCAGCUAUGCCUUGGGGAGGAUUGGGGCAGCAGCCUAGCAGCCCUUGGUCAAGCUCGAUCAUUCAGCCCAGCUCUGACAAUUACUUUGAAUACGGCAACGGCGAUAACAACAACAGUGGUCACUCGACGAUGCAGCUGCAACAACAACAGCACCAGCAACAACAGCGCGACCAGUCCCAGUCGUUUACUCAACAAACCCAGCAGCAGCCUCAGCAGCAGCACCAGGAUGCCCAAGAGCAGCAUGUUUCCAAGCCUGCCGAGGUCGAGGAUUCUGUCCAAGCAGUUGCUCAGAACCUUGAGAAGCUCGAGUUUGCUGAUGCUUCCCAUCAGGAAAUGGACCAGCAGACUCACCAGGUCCCUGCUGCUUCCGUUGUUGAGCCUACUCAAGGGGAUGUCCGUGAAGAGCCCGCCCUUGCCGAGCACCACGAGACCGCCGUUGAAGAAGUGAAGGAGGAGGAGAAGAUCGAUCCUGUUGUCGUCGAAGAGAAGAAGGUCAAGGCCGAGGAGCAUCAGUCAAAGGAGGAGUCUCAGCAGGAGACUUUCGAGUCCGAGACCAAGGAGGAGCAUGAGACCGAGUUCGAUGGCGAGCAGGAUGAUUCCAAGAGCGCUAUCACUGAGGAUGCUUCUGAGGAUGUUCCCUCGGAGUCCGGCUGGGGUACAGCCCCUGAGCAGCAGCAACAGCCCCGUGUCAUCAAGGCUGUCCCUGCUCCUUGGGCCAAGCCCUCGAAGACCGACGAUGCUUCCGAGAAGAAGGCGCCUACUCUCCGCGAGAUCCAGGAGAUGGAGGCCAAGCGUGCUGAGGAAACCCGCGCUGCUGAGAGACAGGCUCAGGUCGCUGCCGCUACUGCUGGUGUCCUUGAUUUUGGAAAGGGACUCGGUGGUACUCCCUGGCAGACUGCCUCUGCAACCAAGAAGAAGACCUUGCGCGAGAUUCAGGAGGAGGAGGAGGCUGCUCUCAAGCGCGCCCGAUCUACUCAGGCCGCAGCCCAGCCCGUUGCUUCUGCACCCGUCUCUAGCACUGGGUUGGCUGGAAUUAUCGCCUCUGGAACUGGAUCGGCUAACAAGCGUUAUUCCGAUUCCGUUGGACCCAAGCCAGUGGUCGCCUCUGCCAAUGCUGGUCCAUGGGGCACCACUUCGUCUGCGAUUGCUGCUAAGCCUCUGUCGAUGUCCCGCACCACCUCUGCCUAUGCCUCUGCUACUUCCUUGAGCUCCUCGACUGCUUCUUCUCCUGUCGUCCGUGCUGUCGAUACCAACAGCUGGAUCGAGGUUGACAACAAGCGUGGCAACAAGCCUUCCAUUGAGACCCCAGCCCCAGCUCCAGCUCCCGCCCCCGUUGUCCGUGCUCCCGCCCACAAUGUCAACAGGAACUCGGACGAGCCCCGCCCCGCCUCUGAGGAGUUCCUCCGCUGGUGCCGUCAAGCCCUGAAGGGACUUCAGAAUGUGGUCCUGGAGGAUUUCAUCCAGAUGUUGUUGUCGUUUCCCUUGAACCCUGAUCCUAUGACUGUCGAGAUCAUCCAGGACUCGAUCUAUGCCAACUCGCAGUCGUUGAACGGCCGACAGUUUGCGGAUGAAUUCAUCAAGAGACGCAAGGCUGAUGCUUACCCUAACGGCAUGGGCCCUGCCAGUGCAACCCCUGCCAACUCUGGAAUCAGCAAUGCUUCGUCGGGUGGCCAUGAUAGCUCGUUCAAGGUCGUCUCCAAGAAGGGCAAGAAGAAGAACUAG